CUAAGCGCGGGCGUCUAGACUUUCGGAUCUCCCAAAGGUUCCAGGUUUCUCUCAGAGUCAAUACCUACCACCAUCUCUCUAAUCACAAUGUUCGGUAUAUCGCGAAGAACGCUCUGCAAGAGCAUUGCUUCAAGGAAUGCUGAACGGGCUGUUCCGUCUCUCGUUCGUUGUGCUUCCACAGCAUCCGGAUCUAAAUUUGCCAAAUUCGACUGGGAGGACCCGCUUAAUAUGGACUCACUACUCACCGAGGAGGAAAAGGCAAUCAGAGAUUCAGCAAAUGCCUAUUGUCAAGAGAAACUUAUGCCCCGCGUUCUACAUGGUUGGCGUACAGAAGAAUUUGAUCCUGCUGUAAUUCCCGAGAUGGGAGCUAUUGGCCUUUUAGGUCCUACAAUUCAAGGAUAUGGUUGCGCGGGUGUAAGUAAUGUCGCGUACGGACUCAUUGCGCGCGAAAUCGAAAGGGUGGACUCAGGCUAUCGCUCGACAGCAUCGGUUCAGUCUUCUCUUGUCAUGCAUCCCAUAUAUGAAUUUGGAUCGGAAGCGCAGAAGGAGAAGUAUCUACCUCGGCUAGCUCGUGGAGAGAUAAUAGGGGCAUUCGGAUUGACGGAACCCAACCAUGGUUCUGACCCAGCUGGUAUGGAGACGACUGCAGAGGAUAUCGAUGGGGGUUUCAUUAUCAACGGCAGCAAAACGUGGAUUUCAAAUGCUCCUGUCGCGCAAGUCACAAACACUCUUUUUGUAUUGGACGUUCAUGUAAUCUGGGCUCGCUGUAAAUGGGACAAAAAAAUCCGUGGGUUACUUCUAGAAAAGGGAACACAAGGUCUUUCGGCACCUCCAAUCAAGAACAAGGUGUCUUUGCGCGUAUCCUUGACCGGUUCCAUAUUCAUGGAUAACGUUCGUGUCCCACAAGAUUCCCUUCUUCCCGGUACCAAAGGUUUGGGUUCGGCAUUUUCUUGUCUCAACUCUGCACGAUACGGCAUUUCUUGGGGAGUAAUGGGGGCACUUGAGGAUUGUGUGGCCCGCGCUCGCUCCUACGCUCUAGAACGACACCAAUUCCAACGACCCAUCGCCUCUUUCCAGCUUAUCCAGAAGAAACUCGCCGAGGCUCAGAGUGAAGUUGCGAUCGGACUACUAGCCAGCCUACAAGUGGGCCGUCUUAAAGAUCAGGGGUUGUUGGCCCCGGAAAUGGUCAGUCUCGUAAAGAAAAAUAACUGUGGGAAGGCGUUGCACCACGCGAGGAGUGUGCUGGACAUCCUUGGAGGAAAUGCCGCAUCGGACGAGUAUCAUAUCGCAAGGCAUGCGUCGAACUUGCAAAUCACGAAUACAUAUGAAGGAACCAAUGACGUUCAUGCCCUCAUAUUGGGCAAAGCUAUUACAGGUAUUCAAGCAUUCGCAAACUAA